AUGAACCGGACUCACCGGCACGGCGCGAGCAGCGGCUGCCUGGGCACCAUGGAGGUGAAAAGCAAGUUUGGAGCAGAAUUUCGUCGAUUUUCUCUGGAACGAUCUAAACCUGGAAGAUUCGAAGAGUUUUAUGGAUUACUACAGCAUGUUCAUAAGAUACCCAAUGUUGAAGUUUUAGUAGGUUAUGCAGAUGUUCAUGGAGACUUACUGCCUAUAAAUAAUGAUGAUAACUAUCAUAAAGCUGUUUCAACAGCCAAUCCACUGCUUAGGAUUUUUAUACAAAAAAAAGAAGAAGCAGACUACAGUGCCUUUGGUACAGAUACGCUAACAAAGAAGAAGAACGUCUUGACAAAUGUAUUACGUCCUGAUUACCACAAAAAGAAACCAAACAUAGUUAUUAGCCUGCCACAAGACUUUAGACCAGUAUCUUCCAUUAUAGAUGUGGAUAUUCUCCCAGAAACACACCGCAGAGUUCGUCUUUACAAAUAUGGAACAGAAAAACCACUGGGAUUCUAUAUCCGAGAUGGCUCUAGCGUAAGAGUCACACCACAUGGCCUGGAAAAAGUACCAGGGAUUUUCAUAUCCAGGCUUGUUCCAGGUGGACUGGCUCAGAGUACUGGCUUACUAGCAGUUAAUGAUGAGGUUUUAGAAGUUAAUGGAAUAGAAGUUUCAGGGAAAAGUCUUGAUCAAGUUACAGACAUGAUGAUUGCAAACAGCCGUAACCUGAUUAUAACUGUGAGACCAGCAAACCAGAGAAAUAAUGUUGUCAGGAAUAGUCGGACUUCUGGCAGUUCAGGUCAGUCUACUGAUAACAGCCUUAUCAGCUGUCCUUACAUUGAGACAAAUUUUGAUCCUAAAGAUGAAGAGAGUGAUGAAGAAGACAUAAUUAUUGAAGAUAAUGGAAUGCCUCAGCAAAUACCCAAAGCAGUUCCUACUGCUGAGAGCUUAGAAUCACUAACACAAAUUGAACUAAGUUUUGAGUCAGCGCAGAAUGGUUUUAUUCCUAACGAUGGGAGUUUACCGCACACAAGUGGCACAAAGAUGGAACAUGAAACACCUGCUUCAGAUCAAAAACCACUAGAAGAAGAUGGGACAAUUAUAACAUUAUGA